UCACGAUAUACAACUCUGAGACGGUAAACGCCGUUCAGCAGCCGUCCGGGUCAUGUUUUGUUUACGAACGUAAAUUAUAAACAAAGUUAAUAUUAAAAUGUGGGUCGAUGUUAAUGGACGAGAAAGGCAAAACUAUAUGUCUCAAACAAACGGAUCUUUUAUUCCUGGGUACACAGGCCAUUGCCCUCUGCUGAAAUUCCGAUAUGGUAAAUGCUACGGAGACAACACCCGUCAGAUUUUAAAAGAAAUCCGAACCAAAGGUUUAUUUAAUAAGCCCCUUAAAUAUCGGCCAGGCGAUAACUACGAAAUCGACAGUUAUCAACGAAAAGACACACCUUCACGAGACGUCUACGAGGACCUGCGACACAGGAGCGGACACGUCACAGGAUAUACAGGAUACGUGCCCGGGAUGCAUUUUACAUAUGGCAAAUCUUUCGGGCGAGCGUCAGACGACUGCAUGACAGACUUCGCGACCAACCAAAGACAAUUACGACGAAAAACCGACUUCAACAGAAGUUAUACACGUUCAAGAAGCGCACCCAAAAUGGAAACGAUCCACUCGCGAGACGAAAUACGAAGGGAUUUGAGCAGAUUUAGGGAGAUCAAUAAAUAUAAAGAUAACACUAUAUCACCGGAAUUCCCACCGAUAGCUGGCUACACGGGUCACAUCCCUCGCAUCAAAGGGUCGGAGGCAUCGCUGAGUCAGCGUUAUCACUGUGCGGCAAAACGCGGCCUCGAACUGAUCAAACUGGAAAAAGAAAAACGGAAAGAACACCAGACCGCUGACGCGAAUAUCAAGUCUAUACUCAAAGACCGCAAGACGUCAUACUGUAACUGGGGAUAGCAUACGGGCAGGAAGAUGUUCUUCACAAAAUGUCGUUAAACAUCUUCCUUAAGCAAUUAUUUUUUUUUUGGCAGAAAAAAUGUCUCCCUAUCCCACCCUUUCCUCCUUCAACAACAAUCAACGCCGGCAAUGCUUCCGCGACACGUCUUGUAUUGCGGAUGUCCAUGGCGAUGGUGACUACUGCCCAUCAAGUAGACCGUCUCGUUCGCCACCUUUCUUAUAAAACAAUAGAACUAAACGAACACAUUAUAUGUUCAUAAAUGAAACAUCAGCGAUUUAAACUUUAAUAUAUAUUAUGGCAACACCGACACCAGUAUUGCACGGUUGUUGAAGUCGCAGCAUUCAAAGAGUAUUAUCAUAUACUUCCAGUUUGUUAAUGCUCUCAUAUUUUCAUUCAGUCAUCAUAUUUACUAAAAGUAAAUAUAUGCACUAACAUGUACAACACAUUUGAAACUCGGAAACUAUUGAUGUUAUCGAUUUUUUUUUUUUAAAACGGUUAUUUUGUCAUUUUUAAACGAUUCUAACGAAAGAAGCGGUUUUUUAACAAAAACCGUAUUAAUUUAUCAGUCUAAGAAAUGUAUCAGACAUUGUUGUUUCAUUGAGGAAUAAUUGCGACUUUAUUACAUACUCAAAAGUAAUUAAUUAAUAAACUUAGGUAUUUGUCAUUCAGGCUAUAAGAAAUCCGCAUGUAAUAAUAGUCUUUAAUAGGCUUGGAUUCUAAAUCAAAGAUGAGUUGUUGAAUAUUUUUUGUUAUUUAAAUAAAAAAUAUAUAUCUUUUUAGGCAGAGUAGUCUAAUUAUAUAAGAUAUAAGAUUUUGGUUUCACAUAGAAUUUUCAUGUUUUAAAUUUAUACAGUACUUUGGAAAAGUGUUCCAAUAUUGAAAAAAAACCUAUAAAUACGUAACAUAAAUUUAAUGGCAAUAGGAACCCAUAGAUAUGACAAACAGAAAAUACUUUUUGAUAUGAAAUAAAAUUUACAAUAAAUCUUAAAGCACUAAAUUUAUUUCUAAGGGAUAUAGUUACCAAAAAAAAAUUGUGUGUUAAAAUAAUGUAUAUAUUUUACAUAUAUGUAUUAACUUUAUUUUUUUAAGAAAUUUUAUCAAUCUAAUUGUACAAACUAAUUAUAAUAUUCGAUGUACUUAAAUAGAAUUUAAUUUAGUUUUUAUUUGCUACGACAUUUUUUGAUACUGGCAACAGCAAACAGAAUGUAUUGAAAACUGACCAUUUCUUUAAAAUUAAAAAAUAAUAAUCUUUGAGUGUAAUACUUACAAUUACAAGGAUAAUUAGUCUUAUACAACGCCAUGUUUAACAUGACUAAAUUAUUAAGGCACUAUUAUUCUAGUUAGCACCAAACAAAUCAUUGUUACAUAUAAGUUCAAACCCAGCAAUGCAUUGGUACUAAAUAAGUCAUGGAUUAGCAUAUACAAGUGUUGCCGGAUCACAAAAGGUAUGUGUAUAUAAAUAUACCAUUUAUGAUCUGGCAACACUUGUACCACUUCUGUAUGUUUUUAAAUAUACAUCACAGUAAUAUUGUUCCCUGCAAGGUAUUCUAGCUUACAAAUCAGCAAAUCACAUACUAAAAUUAUCAAAUGAAAAGUCCUAUAUUAAUUUUCAUAUACAUCUUCAAUGACUCAUUAACGGCUGGAAUAUAAAUUUAUCUUUAAAUAUUGCGGCCGACCUGAGGAAAGCAUUAAACAUUCAAUAAUUUACAAAUAUGUUAAAAUAUAAAAAAAUACAGUUAAUCCUGGCACAAGUAACAAUGUAUUGCUGGGAUAUUGUUAAGACUUUAAUUAUGUCACAUUAAAUGGCAAUACGAGAGUUAGAUAUUUGUUAUAAACUAUCAGUAUUAUGUAAAUAUUAUUGCGAGUACUUAAUUAUUAGGUUAUGAAUUAGUAGUACUAUACAAUAUACAUCAAUUUCUUAUCUUAGUCACAUUUGCAGAUAAAAUUUUUAAAAUAUAAAUUAUAGUAUAACUUAACAAUUAUAACUCAAACAUUUUAUUAUUUCCACUUCCGGAUAUGCAAAUAAGAUUUAUAUGACUGGCUUCAAUAUUUUAGAACUAUAGAACCAACAUAUUAUACCAAAACGAACAAUGAUACAACCAGUGAAUAAGAUCUUACGGUUCAUACUUUAUGUUUGUGGGGAUAUCUCAACUAUUUUACCAGUCCGUUCAUCAACACCGUCUAUAAUAAUAGGACUCACGCUUGGCGUUUGUACUUUAUUUUUCUCACUGGCCAGUUCCAGCAUCAAUGUUUCCAGUUUUUGUGCUUUUCUUGUUUCAUUGUGUGUGAUCAACGCACAUAAAUGCUCAGUCAACAAUUCCUUUUUCUCCCUUUCCUUUUGCAAAUUAAU